AUCCUGUUUUAAUAUUUUUUUUUCUAGGCGAAAAUGGCUGCCACUGUCAUCUAAACCUCUGAUGAAAGGAUUAAAUCAGCAUGUAAAAACAGAAAUCGCAGUCCAGCUUCAUCACAGUAGUCAUGGAAAUCAUGGCGUAGAUUGUGCAGAUCCCUCAUAAAGAUGAUGUGCCUGUCAGAGAAAGAAAAUGUAUGCGACUCGAGCUUAACCCUUUGUAGUCCAUGAGCCACCAACAAAUGAGAAAAUGAUGCAUCAAGUUACCAGCAGCAGCAGCAGUGACUAUUGCAUGGGUGGACUGUCAGAGGACUGUCAUCCAGACACCCACUUUGAUCUAUGUAGCACACAAUCCAGCAAGUUCUACCACUCUCCAGCAAACCCUGGCUUGCAGCUGUCUCUUGCUGGCCUGUCCACUUUGCCACAAAGCAUGCACAAAGUCAUGACAUGCCAAAUGCAAGACACCCAGAAUGACUUCCAGCCUCAGACACUGAGAAUCAGAGGCAGUGAAGCAGCAGGGCCCGAUGGCACGAAGAAGAAGAAGGGCAUAGUGAAGUCAGGCAGGAGAGGGAGGCCUUCAGGGACUACAAAGUCAGCUGGUUACCGUACAAGUACAGGACGUCCACUUGGGACCACUAGAGCAGCUGGGUUUAAAACAAGCCCCGGAAGGCCCCUUGGUACCACUAAAGCAGCAGGAUAUAAGGUCAGCCCCGGUAGGCCUCCUGGCAGCAUAAAGAGUCUAGCUCGGCUCAAAAGGCUGGAGUUUGGAUGUGACGACCCCAAGAAACUUGACUUUAGCAACUGUAGUAGUUCCAAGAAGCUGGACUUCACAGGUUGUGAUGUUCCAACUUUUCACUACAGCAUGGCAGAAAAAAGAGACCUGUGUGACCCCAGUGGGAAAGUGGAUGAGACCAGCGAGUAGUUGUGCAGCGUUGUCACAACUCAUCACUCAUUAAACAUCUGGAUGCAUGAGCAAGAAGAUGCAGAGCAAAAAAAAUCUCUUACAUAUGGGAACAAUGAACUUUGUCAUGUAUAAUUGACUGGAAUUUUUCACUGUCCAGUGUCUGGCAUUGUCUUUGUCCUCUUGUAAUUAAUGACUGAUAUCACUCCUACUUACAAGUAGACUAUGUUAUACCUGUUUUGGAAGAGAUGCAUGCACACAAGUUAACCACAGUUAAAUCAGUGUUGGCAAGAAAUGUAUUUGAGUUUGUGGUUUAAACUUCACAGGAGAGAUUUUUUUUUUCCUUGAAUACUGUUUGUGACAUGUUCUUUUACUCUGCUUUAACAUUUCUAUGACCAACUUCUUGUUACAUUUUCUACAUUUAUUAAAAAAUGCAUUUUAGUUAUUUAGCAAAUAAUUCUUGAGCAUAAAUAUGUGUAUAUGUAGUUGUCCUUUCUGUGUUGUCUUGUGCAGUCUGCUCUUUCAUUUUGUAUAAUACCUUUGGAAUCAGCUUGAACUGGUCUCUGAACUCAUUUAAUCCAUAUUUACACCUAUCUUGUCCUGAUCUUCAUUAAAAAAGUGAGCUAAUCCACAUUUGUUUUGUCAGCUCUGUAAAAAGUAUAUGAUGUGUGACACAACAAAAAAAAGUUUUUCCUAAUAAACAUUUCUUGAGAAAUUG